GAAACACAGCAAUGACAAAUGGUAAAUUACUCUGGACCUAAAAAACCAACAUAGCAAUUAGUCUACUUUAAAAUAAAAUGAGAGCGCUUUAAUUCAUUACUUCCACACUUUAUGAAAAAAAGAAAAAAGGUCCAGAGUUGACUUAUUAGCUUAGCAUUUUACAUUUCUUCCUCUUACGUGUACUCUUAUGAAGGAGACGGUGUUUCUUGCGGAGCUCCAGCAGGGCCUCCUCCUACGUGUGUGUUUGAGUUUCACUUCAGAGCCGAAUUGAAUUCCUAUUGGUCCAGUCCGGCCUCUCCCUCGUGAUCCGUCUCUUGUUCGCAGGUUUCCUUGUCAGUGCGUCUGAUGCUCGAGUCGGAGUAACGUCUCUGUGGAUAAUCUCAUUGAGCUGUUCUUCUGAAUACAUCGAUAUGAAGGCGCUAACGGGGCUGCUGCUGUUGGUCUUUGGUCACGGUGUGUCCUCAGUGCUUCACUCUCUGCAGUAUUUCCUCACGGGGUCGUCUGGACUCACAGCCUUCCCAGAGUUUGUGAUUGUUGGGAUGGUGGAUGGAGUUCAGAUUAACUACUAUGACAGCAACACCCAGAGAGUAGUCCCCAAAGAGGACUGGAUGGAGCAGGUCAUCAGAGAUGACCCCAACUACCUGGAGAGGAACACUGGAACGGCUCAGGGUACCCAGCAGGUCUUCAAAGCCAACAUUGGGAUUGCCAAGCAGCGCUUUAACCAGACAGGAGGUUCCCACAUUGUUCAGAGGAUGUUUGGUUGUGAGUGGGAUGAUGAGGAUGAUUCUACUGAUGGUUAUCUCCAGCAUGGUUAUGAUGGAGAGGACUUCAUAGCGUUGGACCUGAAGACCAUGACCUGGGUCGCUGCAGUACCUCAGGCUUUCAGCACCAAACAGAGAUGGGAUGAGGAUGAAGCUCGAUCACAAUUCAUGAAGUACUUCUUCACCAAGCAGUGUAUUGAUUGGCUGAAGAUGGGCCUGGCCUAUGGGAAGAGCACUCUGCAGAGAACAGAGCGUCCGCGGGUGUCUCUGCUGCAGAAGCCCUCCUCCCCAGUGGUGUGCCAUGCUACAGGCUUCUACCCUGACAGGGUGGUGGUGUUCUGGAGGAGAGACGGCCAGGAGCUCCAUGAGCAGGUGGACCCCGAGGUCCUCCCCAACCACGACGGGACCUUCCAGGUCAGCGUGGACCUCAACCUCACGGCCGUCCCACAGGAGGACUGGGGGAGGUACGAGUGUGUGGUCCAGCUGAGAGGCAUCGAGGACAUCUCCACCCCCCUGGACCCCGCCCUCAUCAGGACCAACUGGGGUUUCCUGGUCAGUGCGUCUGAUGCUCGAGUCGGAGUCACGUCUCUGUGGAUAAUCUCAUCGAGCUGUUCUUCUGAAUACGUCGAUAUGAAGGCGCUAACGGGGCUGCUGCUGUUGGUCUUUGGUCACGGCGUGUCCUCAGUGCUUCACUCUCUGCAGGUUUUCCUCACGUCGUCUUCUGGACUCCCAACCUUCCCAGAGGUUGUUGCUGUUGCGAUGGUGGAUGGAGUUGAGAUUGGGUACUAUGACAGCAACAUCCAGGGAGUAGUCCACAAACAGGCCUGGAUGUACCAGAUAUACAGAGAUCAUCCAGGUGAACUGGAGAUGAUAACUGAAAGGGCUCUGGGUGCCCAGCAGAGACUCAAGGCCAAGAUGUUGGAUCUGAAGAAGCUCUUUAACCAGACAGAAGGUACCCACAUAUAUCAGUGGAUGUAUGGUUGUGAGUUGGAUGAUGAUGAUGGUUCUACUGAUGGUUAUGAGCAGUAUGGUUAUGAUGGAGAGGACUUCAUAUCGUUGGACCUGAAGACCAUGACCUGGAUCGCUCCAGUACGUCAGGCUGUCCCCACCAAACAGAGAUGGAAUCAGGCUAGAGCUUACCAACAAUACCUGAAGAACUUCUUCACCAAGCAGUGUGUUGAUUGGCUGAAGGCGCUCCUGUCCUAUGGGAAGAGCACUCUGCAGAGAACAGAGCGUCCGCGGGUGUCUCUGCUCCAGAGGAGCCCGUCCUCCCCAGUGGUGUGCCAUGCUACAGGCUUCUACCCUGACAGGGUGGUGGUGUUCUGGAGGAGAGACGGCCAGGAGCUCCAUGAGCAGGUGGACCCCGGGGAGGUCCUCCCCAACCACGACGGGACCUUCCAGGUCAGCGUGGACCUCAACCUCAAGGCCGUCCCACAGGAGGACUGGGGGAGGUACGAGUGUGUGGUCCAGCUGAAAGGCAUCGAGGACAUCUCCACCCCCCUGGACCCCGCCCUCAUCAGGACCAACGGGGGCAAGAGUCCCAUCCUUGUUUUCAUCCUUGCUGGCGUUGCUGUUGUGGCUGUUGUUGCUGCUGCUGCUGCUGUUGUUGGAGUCCUUCUGUACAAGAAGAGGAACGAUUCAGACAAGCGACACAAACCAGUUGGUGAGUAAAAUUCACUGGACUAU